AUUAUAUUAAUAAGCGAAGAAGCCGCAUUUCAUGCGAAAAUCUGGAAAUAAAAAUCUUUUAAGGUUUUCUUAACAAUGGAGGCUGAACUCUGAGUGAUCAAAGUAUUAUCAGUGUUUUCUUCUUUUCAUAUGCAUUAUCAGUAGAUUUUCCUGUUCUUGCAAGCAUUGGAUCAGAUUCUAAAGAUUUUGCUCAAGAGGAGUAAACAGAGAGAGAGUAGAAGAAGAGCAUUGAGGAUUUUAAAUGGAGAAAGAGAUUUGUAGAAGACAUCUUUCAAGAGAAGGGAUAGGAUGUGUUUGGGUGUUUAUGAGCAUGUUUGAUUUCAGACAUGGUGGAUCUAACCACAAGCUUUUGAUGGAUAAGAAACGUGGUGGAAGCAAACGAAUCAUAGGUAAUAAUGGAAUGUUUGACACUAAGGUUGAGAAGCAGCUUACUUGUGACUGUGACUAUGACUGUGAGGAGAGUGAAGCUGAAAUGCAGAGUGUCAAGAAACUCAUAGAAGAUGAGAUUGAUGAGAAGACUAAGCAAAAGUGUGAGGCGAGAAACCGAAAGAGGAGAAGUAGAACCUGCAGCAAAAUCAGUGAGGAUAUCAAUGUUUUGAUUGUUGGUGAUGAUGAUGAUCAUGCAGAUAAAUCAGAUGAUCAGUGUCCGAGAAUUUCACAGAACGAAGUGGAUUUGGUAAAUGAUGAUUCCGAAGAGAAGUUCAGCGAGUUGAUAAAGCGGUUGAUAGCUCAAAAGGAAAGCGAGGUAGAUAGCUGCAAGAAGAACCUGGUGGAUGCAUUUCAGGUCUUGAAUUCUAAAGAAAAAUCAUUCUUGAAUACCGAUACGCCAAUUUCGGGAGAUUCUCAAAGAAUCAAUGAAUGUAGACAAACAAUUGUAAUUUUGAAGCCUGAACCAAACAGCUUGGAUGCUGGAUCAUCACCUGGCACACCUUCUACAGACAACAAGGCCAAGAAUGGGAGAUUCAGUUCUCGCUUUAUUCUCAGUAGAAUCAGAAGAAGACUAAAGUUUGCGGCUGGAAAGAAUCCAUGCAAUGCUCAACAUGACUCUGAUCCUGAUCCAGAUACAUUGUCUUGUAACAUGACUCAAACUGCUACUAAAGAGGACACUGUCCAUGAAAGUGAAGAAGAUUCCAAGAAGAGUAUGUGUGGUAUAUACAUUGCCGCCAAGAAACACCUGUCUGAAAUGCUUGCAGAAGGAGACAUAGAUGCUGAUUCACCCGAUAAGGAAGUACCAAAAAUUCUUGGGAAGAUUCUUGCUCUCCCUGAGUUCUCCACACCAGACAACAGUCCUAGAGUAAACUUGUCACUUGAUCAUCCGCUAAUCGAUAAACCAAAGAUUCAGCAGUGCAGUUCAGAAGAUUACUACUAUGAGCCACUUGGACUGGAUUCAAACAAACAUGAAGAAACAGAGUUUAUGCCAUUUCCGGAAGACACUGGGAUGGAAGAGGAAGAGAAGACUGUUUUGGAUUCGUUGUCUGAAGUAAUUAGCUCUUCCAUUAUCCAACAAGAUGCAUAUGUUGAUGAGGAUGAGCAGAAGCAACUCUUGGAAAAGGAAGUACUCGACGAAGGGCGAUUACCGUGUUCUCCACCAAACUCUUCAGUGAGAAUGUCUGAAUGCCAAGAAAAUACCACAGAUGUAUUGGGAAAGUCAAGUCCUGUGUCGGUUCUUGAGCCUCUCUUUACAGAUGAUGACACUAGUCCAAACAGCUCCAGGUUCUCUUCAGUCGAAAUGCGGAUGCAACCACUGUGCAUAAGAUUCGACGAAGCUGAUUCUCCAAGACCGGAGAAAGACAAUGAUGCCAAAAUUAGAAUGGAUGACAAGGAAUUGGCACUUGAAUACAUUCAAGCCGUGGUGAAAUCCUCAGAGUUGAACUGGGAAGAGCUUUUGGCGAGAUCUUUUUAUUCGGAGCAGAUUCUUGAGCAGGCUCUAAUGGAUGACAUAGAUUUCUGUUCGACAAAUCUAUGCAGCGAUAAGAAACUUCUUUUUGACUGUAUCAAUGAGGUUCUUAUGGAGUUUUGUAGACAUGGCCCUUGGAUUUCAUUCGUCAAACCUGCAAUGUGGUUUUUUCCAGACAUGGAAAAUGCUGUUGAAGUGGUACAAGAAGAAGUUUACUGGCAUCUCUUACCGUUGCCUUCUCCUCACACACUAGACCAGAUAGUGCAGAAAGACCUGGCUAGGACUGGAAACUGGAUGGAUCUCCGCUUCGAUAUUGGUUGCAUCGGUUCUGAAACAGGUGAAAUAAUUCUUGAUGAACUAUUAGAAGAGAUAAUCAGCAGCUGCACAGACUUGGUCCAACCUGAAACAAUCAACGAGCUGAUUCAUUGAGUCUCACUGCUCCUACACUACAGAAAAUAAGAAAGACACUCAUGGUCAUCUCAAGAGGCUCCUCUGUUUACUCUGUACAGUUUCACUUCCACUUCAACAGACAAGCUCUAGUUUUCAGUUUUUGUGCAGAUACACACAACCACAGCUUUUAAUACCCCAACGACUGCAAAAGAAACCCUUUGUUUUGUUUCUUUCAGUCCUUAUUAUGUUUUCUUUUCCAUUUGGCUUCUGUAAAGUUUUGAGUUCUGUUAGUUGUGAAUGUUGUUGUUAUAUGAGGUUGAAUAAAACAAGGCUUGAACUUAACAAGAAGAACAUCUCACCUUGCUUCAUUGUGUUUCAGUCAAGAAAGAAUCCAAUACAGAAUGUUUUUGACAGAUAAAGCUCUUUGGCAAAUUAAGGCCUGUAAUGAAUUUUGGUUUUGAUAUGUGUAAAUGUACACACAAUGUAACAAAAUUCUUGUUCACCC